AUGGGCAGACGACAAUACUUGGAGCGCCUAGCUCUCGGCCGCUCUGCAUACCAAAACGUCGACUUGGAACAGCAGCAGAGCCCUGCUGCAACCUCCCCCGGCUCCUCAUCCACAGCCCAGGAAUGGACUGGACAUGAAUAUACCCAACAAUAUGAUUCCCGGGGCCGGCCUAUCAAUCCAGCCAUCGAUCGCUUCAAUGCCGAGCAGAGAAGGGCUCAGAAUGAAGUCCUGGCUCUCGUCGGCGUAGUUGAGAGAAAGGACGAGACGGACCACAUCAACGGUCUUCGCUACGACGCAAUUCAAAAGGCACGGCGUGAUCUACUCGCCGACGAGAACGAACGGGGAGAAUUGCUCGACCAUGCAAUCUUUGGUUGCAGUUUUCUCCUUCACUUGUGGCCAGCUGCCCUUCGCCAGCGCAUACAAAUUGGGCGGUAUCAUACCAGCCGGUCUCUCGUCGAUAUACUUGUCACGGAAUGGCGACAGCCAUGGCGAGGUGGAACUCGAUUGUUCCUUGCCAGUCUUUUCCCAGGAGCUGGUAGCACCAUCGCGCACCAUCUGGUUCGAUUCGCGCUCAUGAUGGCUGCAGAGCAGCUCACUGGCGAGUUACAGACUCGCCUCAGUAAGAAAGUAGAGACGCGUCAAACUCUGAGGUACUUGGAACUCGGCACGGCAUGGGUCUUCGAGGCUCUCCUACUCGCCAUCGAUAUUGGACUCCUACCUCUCGAGUAUUACGCUGCCACGCAAAUGCUCGGCCUGGCACCUGCCCUGCCCCUCUUCCCUUCCCUUCAGUCUUACCUCCCGUGGCAUGCUGAGAGCUUCCACAACGUGGGCUGGAAAUGCGUCAUCUCGAAUCGUUUCAUAAAGAAUUUUGCUUCGCCUGCCGCUAUCCUCCUCGUGCGCAAGAUGCUGGCAUAUGACGCCGCAGAUAGUGUGCUGCCGGUGUUCCAUCUCAUCACCGACUUCCGCUUUCCUGAAGUCGAUGACGACCCAUCCAAGGUCGUCGUGCCGAAAAUCAGACAGGAUCCUCUUGGUUGGGUGCUCUAUCAAUGCUAUUACAUACGUUCACGCUUCUUGCAGCGUAGUGGAUGGACUCUGAUCAAGCGCGAUGACCCUCGUCGAAGUCGCGAAGACGAGUACGAGAUGCAUACCAGGACGCGUGCUGCUGGCGCUACCAGAGAUCCCAUUCAUCGCUCAACAAUAAUGGCACAGCUUCCAGUGCAGUUCCUCUCCGAUGCCAUUGACUCCUUGUUCGCGCGAAUGCUGAGUUUGCCAUUUGAGGCUCUCAUGAUGCGCACCAUUGCUACGAGCUUCCUCGCUUCUUCGUUACCCAGAACCAAGCACGCAUCGAUGCUUUAUGCUCCAUUCGGCGGUGGGCCCUUGACUCAUGGCUGGUCGGCCGCCAGCCAAUAUGCGGGACGUAUCGGCCUGUCGCUGGCAUUGACUGCUUCGCUCGAUGUGGUGUCAUUCUUUGGCAUUUACAAGUUGGUGCGUAGCCUCGGGAUAAAGUAUCUUGACUGGGGCAAGAGAGGGAAGAUCGGGACCUGCAUUUACAGUGAAGAGGGCGUGGAAGAACGUGGCAGUAGAGAUGGCCCAAGGGAGCAGCUCGAAGGUAUUCACUGAUAGAGGACCGAGGCCCCAACCCUUUUCCAAGCACCACUAAAAACGAUAUACACUGGAUCGUGGCAUCAGUAUGGGCGAGGCACGGCUUGCGAGGCACGAGUGGCGGCUACGUAAAAGCUGGAGCUUCGUAAAAAGGCAGAAGUGGUGACGGUAUUGGGUUGGGCGUACACAAUUCCUGAUACAUGUUGUACUCAGCUGAAGUGUCGUCUUGCUGCUGCUACAUAUAAGCAGGUGUCAAAGGUCCUUUGAAAGACCAUUUUUCUGCUUCGAUCUCGAGACUCGGCGUUUCGGAUCAAGUCUGGGCCCUAUCCCCUCUCCAGAUGCCUGCAGGCACCACAGCCUCAUCUAUACCAGCCGCACGAAAGCUUGUUGCCCCAGACGCGCAGGGAUGAUCAAAGUACGAUGAUAGGCCAUCGAGCUUGGCCGGCAGAGCGCUACGACUCUUGAGCCUCCUUGUCCUGCUAUCCACUUUCAUAGGUAUACUACUAGUCUACUACUAAUGCA